GCAAUCCCGACUCGACAAGGAAACCUAGCUAGCAUCCCCCCUAACCUUCCCGCUCCUCACGAAGCAGCAACAGAGCCGCAGGAGGAGCAUCAAUAACAGCUACUAUCCGCUUUGCCCGAGAAGCAGUAGCAUAAGCCCAGAUUCCCCUUGACUAUCCACUCACAAGUCGGUGCCAUGGCUGCCUCCCACCGCCACAGGUCUCGCAUCGUUCGCCGAGUAACCAUCUUCGGAGAGAGGGCUUUCUUUCGCUCGCUCCUCCUCCCCCUCGUCGCCCUCCUCCUCGUCACCUGCGCGAGCUGCCUCUCCUUCGCGAUGUCGUGCGACGAAGUGUUCGCCUCUCGCGAAAACGACUUGACCAGUAACCACGGCCCGCGAAGGCGGUUACAGCAGGACGACGCGGAAAUCCCCCCUGCUGACGACAGCUCUGUGGAGUGGUUAAUGGAGAGGGAGGAGGAGGACGACGCGUCAGGGGGACUAGGGCUAGGUCGCAAACGCCAUGGCUCGUUGCUGGACUUAGUGCGAAAUGCAGAUCUCGGUGAGGAGUCCUUGGGCGAGCCGAUUGAGCGACAGGGGCUGUCGCCGGGCGACGCUGGCGACGGGGCUGCGAAUGAGGCUGGCGACGAGUGGAGUCCCGAUGACGGCGUUGCGUCGAGUCACGGCGAUCAGGCGAAGGUUUCGAAGCCGGUUGCGAAACAUCAGCGACAGAAGUUACCGUUUUCGAUACACUCGAACACCCUCCGAAGUUACCGGCUGACGCUGUUACAUCCUCCGGGGACAAAAUACCAGCCGGGCAAGCCAAAAAAUGGCAAGAAGAAAAAGGUUCUUUCCUGGCACAUCUGUAAGGGAGCGGGUAAAUGCCCCGAUUUAAGGCCUUGCGGCGGCUACCAACCAGAAAUCGACGCGUGUUGGCACGAGGAUUACAUGGGCGAAACUGACUCGCUCGCGAGUCAACAAGACGACUUAGCCUAUCAGAUCUGGCGCAAGCAGAAAAAUCCGGGCGCGGAAACGUAUCCCUCAACCGUUUUCCGGGCAAGACGGUACAGACUCGCAAAUAACCCUCUGGAAUCCUGUGUAGCGAACGUGAGCGGGAAGUUACCCGGGGAACUGCUGCGCCCGGGGUGCUGGGCGCUGGAGGGGGAAGGCGCGGAGGCGGUAAUGCGGAGAGCCAAGGGGGGAGGGGCGGAAGAGGAGCGCGCGGAGUGGGCCGGGCAGGUUUUUGUCUUGCGGGACGUGUUUGUGAACCAUUUCGGGCAGGUGUUUAACAAGACGCACCUGUUCGACACGGGCGGCUGCAACUGGAAAGCCAAGUUCACGUACCCCAAGGACGCGCCAGUGGUGGCGCACAAGACAGUCGUGAACCUAAUGGUAGCCCGGAGCGACCAGCGCUCGUACCACCAGGUCCUAGAGAGGCUCCCCCUCCUGCACGUGCUGCGCAAGAUGACAAAGAACGCCGCCCUCAAGGACGCACACGUGGCCCUGCCGUCCUCCAGGGGUCUGCGUCGAAUGCUGUCGAGCAUUCUCGACUUCGACCUGCCCUGGACGCCCUUCCCCUUCAACACGCCAAACACUCUGCUCUUCGCCGAGUCUCUCAUCCAGCCGCUCUCGGAGCACUGCGACGAGCCUCAGCACUCUGUUUGGCGCGACAUCCGAGCCUCGCUCUUCGACCCGCACCACCCGUGCCACCCCCGAACCUCCUCCAUUUCUCCCCCAACCUCCCUCUCCCUCCCCUCGGCCCUCCAAGCCCACCAUCUCUUCCUCCAAUCCUCCGUUCAAGCGAUUCAAGACGCGAAAGCCGCCCAGAAUCCGGGCAGCAAGGAAAAACUUUCCGUGAGCUACCCGACGCCGUUUUUGGCCGGCGUGCUGCCCAUGCUUGACGUGGAUUUGGAGGAGGAUGAGGUGGCGUGGGCAGCGCUGCCGAGUGAUUGGGUGGUGGUGGUGGGGCUGCAGGGACUGCAUAACCGGGCGGAUGCCGAGGCGAUCAAGAAUGUCGUUUUGCAGCAUUUCCCCGCGCACCGGAUCGCCAGUUACUGCUCGAGCAUGACUGUAGACGAACUGCGCAACCUUUUCUCCCGCACAGCACUGUUCAUCACAGUGUCCGACAGCACCCUCAUGCACUCCAUCUUCAUGCGGCCGGCAACUCUUGUCCUGGAGCUCCGCCACCCUUCCGCCCAGCGCUUUCCGUCCUACUCCCUCUCCUCCGUCCUCCGCCUUCAACACUACAUCUCCGUUUGUAGCACUAGCCCCUCUUUUGGAGGGGAAGAACCGGAUGUAGACCCGGCAAUGGCGGCUGUGGCAGGGGGAGGGGCCGAAGGCGAGAACUCCCCUUUAUUUUGCGACCUGGAUCAUGUGAAAGAGGUGGUGGAUAGAGCGGCGCACUUUGUUUACCUAAGCGAGGCUGCUUAUGUGGAGACAUCUAAGCGGCUUACCAGGAGGAAGUGGGGGGGAGGUGGGGCGGCGACAGGAUCAAAUCUUGCCGUGCCAAUGCUACAGGCGGCUACAUCCGAGGGGGUAGAUUGGGACUUAACCCUUCCAGAUUUUACAAGCUUCAUCCCAGGUUCAGUUCUCCGCACACACGGGCAGGUCGAAAGUUUCCGGUCGUGGGCAGCGUGCGUCGGGCAGGAGGGGCGGUGGAAAUUCGACGGCCGGCCGAGAUUUUUACCGUGGCCUUAUAAGGGACCCGGCACAUGUGACACUAGAGCAGUUGAGACUAUGACGGGGGUUAUAGCUGUGAACGAUGCUGAUGAUGUGGUAAGGAGAGGUGGGGCGCCCAGCGAGUGGAAGAUCAGAGGGGAGCUGAAAUAUGUAUGGGACGUGCCUAAAGGCACGUGUGACUAUAAGGAGGUGGCUGGUAGUGUGGCGUCCGGAGAGGAGGGGUAUGAGGAGGAAGGAGGAGAGAGAGGAGGAGAGGGAGGGGAGGGGGAGGAGGGGAGUGAGGUGAUCGAGGGGGAGAGUGGGGGUGGUGGCGAGGAGGAGGGGUUUGACUCGCAACGCAGGCGGCUCUCUGAGGGGAGGAGAAAGAGAUACAAGCACAGAAGAACCGGCAGCGGCAACAGCAGGGGGAAUCAGCUGCAGCAGCAGCAGCAGGAGUCGCCUACCAGCAACAGCAAGCAGCCCUGGAAACCCUUCGACCCGCGCCGGUUCUGUGACCGAGUCGGCCGCGAUCGAACCCUAGUCUUCGUGGGGGACUCCCUCCAACACCAGCUCUUCCAAGUCUUCAUCGACUCCAUGCUCAUGGGGGUCCGAAAACCCUUCUCCUCCGAGCUCAAUGAGACUAGGGAGGAAUCUCCGGAGUGCAGCGGUUGGGUCCUCGGUCCCGCCCAGAAGAUUUUCUGCCGGGAUGUGACUUUCGAUGAUUCCAUCUGCCCGGGGCUGAGAAUAGUUUUUCUUCGGAACGACCAUCUGCAGCUGGGGAAUCCGCGGGAAUUUUCGCAUUUCGCGUGGACGAGGGCGCCGGUGCUGCCCGCUGCCGACGCGAUUAUACUGAACCGGGGGCCACACUAUAGAGAGGACAAGGACUUCGAGCCGCACCUGCGCGCCACUCUCCUGUACCUCCGGAAUCGAUUCCCUGAUAAGCUCAUCAUCUACAGGAACAGUGCGGGCGGGCACAAAGACUGCCCGAAAUACCACAAGCCGAUCGAAACCCCGCAGGACCCCAGCACUCUCCCGUUCAACUGGGACAAGUUUCCCCACCAGAACUGGAUCUCUCAGCCCCUAGCGGAGCGGCUUGGAAUGCCGUUUAUGGACAUUGAGCGGAUGAUGGCUCUGCGGCCCGAUGGGCACACGGGGCAGCUCGCGAAGCUGGACUGCCUGCACUACUGCAUGCCGGGCCCGCUAGAUACAUGGGUGCAGGUGAUGGCGAACAUGCUGGAGAAACUGCUGGCUCCCAGGAGGUUGAGGGAGUGAGGGUAGAGUGGGAGGGUGAUGGGCGACAGACAGGUCUGAUGGCCGGAUGGGCACACGGGGCAGGGUGUGAAGCUGGACUGCCUGCACUACUGCAUGCCAGGGCCACUUGACUCGUGGAUGCAGGUGGUGGCGAAUAUGCGGGAGAAACUGCUGGCUCCCAGGAGGUCGAGGGAUUGAGGGACUGAGGGUAGUGUGGGAGUGUGAGGGGGGACUGACAGCACUGCGGGACAGCUGGCGAAGUUACCAUAGACAGCUGGCGAAGCCUGCACUACUGCAUGCUGGGACCGCUGGACUCGUUGGCUCCCGGGAGGUCGAGGGUCUGAGAAGACGGUGGGGAGAGGCGCUGAGGGGGGUGGGGAGGAAACAGAGGGAAUCUGGGCUGCCUGCAGUACUGCAUGCCAGCACCUCUCGUCUUGUGGGUGCAGGUGAUGGGCGAAAGAAAUUGACGAGUAGGAGUGCAGGUGAUGGGUGCAGGUGAUGGGUGCAGGAGACAAUUUUAGUACAACAAUGGGGAGCAUGCUGCACAGGGGGACUCGUCACUCGGGGGGGGGGGAUGCGAUCAUGCGAGCAGGCUCAGCAACAGGGCACUGCAUCCAAUGGGUUACACUGAACAAACAUCCACUAAUGGACGUAAGCUUAUGUUAAUAAAUGCUCGAGAAUAUUUUAUUGAUAAGCAGUUGUGCAGGUUAGGUUAUUUGUGUUACUGUAUGCUUAGAUUCCUGUUUCUAGAGAAGCAUAUGACCAGAAGUGAUAGAAAAGACGCCUUAAAUGAUGUUACUAUUACCAA